AAUCAUCCAAAGGGCGGUGGAUGUGCUGGGCGGACGAUUCCUGGUGGAGGAGGACAAACUGGUCCUGUCACUCUGCUGCUGCACGUAGAGAGAAAUAAACUAUCACUGUGCUCACGCUGUUAGUUAGUUAAUUAUGGCGGCGAAUGAAGCUCUCCUCCUCUGUUCUCUCCUGUGGAUCGUCUCCUCAGCAGAAGGGAAAGAGUUCACAGUCACCUGUCUGGCUUCAGAGGACUGCACGCUCCCCUGUCAGUUCCAAUCUGACGGCAGAGGUGCGAGGAUCAUGUGGUACAAGAAGAAAGCCAUCGUGAGCUGCACGCGCUACGGCAACACCAGCUUUGUGGUCGGCCACAACUCACCGGCCGACAAGUACAAGGGAAGAACGGGCCUGUAUGCGGACCAGGUACUGGAGGGAAACGCCACACUGCUGCUGAGGAACGUCACGCCGAACGACCAGGGAAAAUACUUCUGCAUCACCAUGACUGCACCCCGCACUGACGAAUCUGGCAUCAUUUCUCUUGUUAUAAAAGGUACAGAUUAUUGUAAUUCUUGAGAUUAUAAAAAGAUGAACAAGGGUUUUUCAUUCUUGGCUGCAGAUUUUCUUUUUGCAAAACAAGUUCUGCCGAGCCUUCAGAAACUCCUGCAGGUUAAACUGGACGAA